GGGAAUAUUAAUUAUUUCUUUGUUGAAGUCAGCGUUGGCGGCCGGCAGCCAUAAAAUCUUUGAAUUUCAUUUGAACAUUCGACGCUCAAAUCCAUCGAAUCCGCCGUUCCCAGUUCUUGAUCAUAAAUACCCCAUCGACGAACACCUUCUCAUUAUUCAAUCAUGGAACAAGACACUCUCGAUUUGGCUCACAUCUCUCUCCGACCAUUCCAGCUUUCCGACGCAGACGAUGUCAUGGUCUGGGCCACCGAUGAACGAGUCACCAAAUUCUGCUCCUGGGAACCCUACACAAGCAAGCACGCCGCCGUCGAUUUCAUCCUAAACAUCACCACCAAGUUCUUGUGGUGCCGAGCUAUCUGCAUCGGCGAUCGAGCGAUUGGCUCUGUUUCUGUCCAAUCCUACUCAGGGGACGACAAAGCGAGGGCGAAAGCUGCGGAAAUUGGGUAUAUUUUGGGAUCCAAGUAUUGGGGGAAAGGGAUCGCCACGAAGGUAGUGAAGCAGGUGGUGGAAAUGGCGUUCGUUGAUUUGCCAGAUCUCGUGAGGCUUGAAGCUCUCGUGGAUGUUGAGAAUGUGGGAUCUCAGAGAGUUCUGGAGAAGGCUGGAUUCCAGAGGGAAGGAAUUCUCAGGAAAUUCUUGUUCCUGAAAGGAAAAUCCAGAGACAUGGUCAUGUUCAGCGUGCUUUCGGAUGAAAUCGGAGCUUGAAUUUCAAUAUAUGUUCAUCGUUCUUAGCUUGAAGCUAAGCACUUUGGUUUCGGGGACUCCAGAGAAACUGAGGGCAGAGUCGCUUUUCUGCAACUUCGAAAACCAAACAAGAGGGAAGAAAAAGGUCGUACAAGGCAAUAAACAUGAACUUAUCGUUCUGGAGUCUAUACGCAGCGUUUUAUCAAGAGUGUAUUAAUUAAUUUAAUUAUUAAUUAUUUAUUUCGAAGGAGCAAUUAUAUAAAUAUUAAAGUGUUGUUGUUCGUUUCCAUUACUCUUCUCAACCUUAAACAUAUUUAUCCUCGCUUUGGAUUAUGUAACUUCAAAUAAGUUACACUAUUUAGCACUAUAAUAAG